AUGGGAAUGUAUUGUCUUUUAAAUGAGUUGACGACGUUUAAGAGAAGGAGUGCUGUCAAGGUUCGAGUGGUUCGAUCAUAUACUGUAAUGGAAAGGAGAGGAUCAUCAGAAAUCAAGAGUAAAGAGUUGGUGCUGCACGACAAAGAGGCAACUGUAAUCCAUGCCUGUAUACCAAAGGAUGUUUUACCAAAAACUGUAAUCCAUGCCUGUAUACCAAAGGAUGUUUUACCAAAAUUCCCAGAAAGCUUUAUAGAAGGAAAUGUCUAUUGUUUCAAGAACUUUUAUGUCGUUGCCAAUUGGCAUACCUAUAAGACUAGCAUGCACGAGUUCAUGCUGCAGUUCAAUCACGAGACUAUCAUGAAGGAAUCUAGGUCAGAUAAUUUCCCUUACCACAUGUUCAGACCGAGACCAUUCCAUACUUUGAAAGGUAAUCCAUCACUAGAUGUCAAGGAGUUGAUUGAUUUAAUUGGCCGUAUUGUUGAAAUACGUGCUCCCCAAGAAAAAACAAUUUCUGGACAGAAUACUGUCCUCAUAGACUUUGUUUUAGAAGAUGCAAUGGGUAGUCGUUUGAACUGUACCUUUUGGGAUGAACACGUGGCCAAACUUGAACCAUUGUACAGAUCUGCUUCAAAGGACCCUGUUGUUGUGUUAAUCCAAUUCUGCAGAAUCAAGCUUGGUGCUAGAGAUGGUGAUGUGAAAAUUUCAUCUUCAUAUGAUGUUACUAAACUUCUAAUUGAUGUGGACUGCCCUGAGAUUCAGAACUUCAAAGAGAGUCUGGUGGACAUUGGUGAACAAACUCCAAUGCGCAGUAUUGGUUCAAUGACAAGCUUCAGUUUCACAAACAGUAUUGAAGAGUCAACCAGUAGAACAAUGCAGAUGACUACCAUUUCUGAAGAGUCAACCAGUAGAACAAUGCAGAUGACUACCAUUUCUGAGAUCUAUGGGAAUGAAAUGCAUGGAGAAUUCUGGGUUGCUGCCAAGAUAAAUGGCAUUGAGAAGUCCAAUGAUUGGUGUUAUACUUCAUGUAGAAAACCGGGUUGCAAUAAGAAGCUUAAACUUUCAGAAGGUGUUCUGAAAUGUUUCAAAUGUAACAUGACUUGGGAAGGGGGAGUGCUAAGGUACAAAAUUAGACUUAGGGUUGUUGACCUCAAAGGUACUGCAUCCUUUUUGUUGUGGGAUAGAGAUUGCAUGGAACUUAUUGGUACAUCUGCCACUGAGUUAUACCAGAGGAAUAAGAAUACUCCGGGUCCACUAAAGGAGAUCAAGGCAUUAAUUGGCAGGAUAAUGUUAUUUAGAGUCUCGGCAAAUACAGACCAAUUUAUCAAUCGGUCGUAUGCCUUCCCAGUUUUAAAGAUUAACACUGAAAGCAAGUUUGUUCAACAGUAUUGCAAGGAACUCUUGGAGGCUCAUGACAAGGAACUUAACUCUACUGUGCAAUUAAGUAAUGAUGAUGAGGAAUUCCUACAGGGGUUUGACAGUGAUGAAGCUGAGAGCCCUAUACAGAUGCUGCCACCUAUGAAGAAUGCUGAAACCUCUGAUGGACCGGUGAAGAGAAGUUUGCUGGAUCAGUUCUCUUCCACCAAGUGCUGCAAGAAAGUGAAAGACAGUAAAGUGAAGAUUGAGAAGACUGAUUGA